UGUCACUGAUGGGGGCCUUCGCUACAACUUUACCAAUCUGGAUAGAUUUUUGGAUCUUCUCUGGGAGAACCAACUCAUUCCAGGAUUUGAGUUGAUGGGGAGUCCGUCUGGAUACUUCACUGAUUUUGAGGACAAGAAGCAGGUAUAUGAAUGGAGAAACCUGGUCACUCUAUUGGCCAAGAGAUACAUCGAGAAAUAUGGAUUAAGCCAUGUUUCCAGAUGGAAUUUUGAGACUUGGAAUGAACCUGAUCAUCACGACUUUGACAACGUGUCCAUGACGAUUCAAGGCUUUCUGAACUAUUAUGAUGCCUGCUCAGAAGGCCUGAGGAGAGCCAACUUGAGGCUGAAGUUUGGAGGUCCUGCUGACUCCUUCCAUCCAUUCCCUAAGUCUCCCAUUUGCUGGAACCUACUUGGUCACUGCUACAAUGGGACAAACUUCUUCACUGGUGAGAAAGGUGUACGUCUGGAUUAUAUCUCCUUACACAAGAAGGGUGGGGGCAGCUCUAUCUACAUCCUAGAGCAGGAAAAGGAAGCUGUCCAGAAGAUCCAGAGCCUGUUCCCCAAUUUCACUCAUGUCCCCAUUUAUAAUGAUGAGGCAGACCCGCUGGUCGGCUGGUCUCAGCCCCAGAUCUGGAGAGCGGACGUGACCUAUGCCUCAAUGGUUGUAAAGGUCAUAGCCCAGCACCAGACCCUACUGCUGUCAGAACCCAACAACACCUUGAACUAUAGCCUGCUGAGCAAUGAUAAUGCCUUCCUGAGCUACUACCCACACCACUUUACCCAGAGGACACUGACUGCCCGCUUCCAGAUGAACAAUACCAAGCCACCCCAUGUGCACCUAAUCCGAAAACCGGUGCUCACUGCCAUGGGGCUGCUGGCCCUGCUGGGUGAAAAUCAGCUGCGGGCAGAGGCUCACUGUGAUGGGCUCCUGGUGGACAGCAAUCACACAGUGGGAAUACUGGCCAGCUCCCAUUGGCCUGAGGAGCCAUCUUCACCAGACAGCUGGCAGGCCACAGUGCUGGUGUAUGCCAGUGAUGACAAUCGGACAUCUGCCAACCUCAGCAUGGUCACCAUCCGGCUCAGCAAUGUCCCACCAGCUUCAGACCUUGUCUACAUGAUCUACUAUAUGGACAAUAAUCUCACCAGCCCUUACCUGGAGUGGAACAAACUUGGCUCACCUGUUUUCCCCACCAUAAAGCAAUUUCAGCAGAUGAGAGAGACUGAGGAUGCUGUAGCCACAGGUCCAUUUCCAUUCCCUGAAAAUGGCCAGCUGACCCUAAAGCGGGAGCUUCCAAUACCCUCAAUCCUUCUCCUUCAUGUGUGUUCGAGGCCACGCCUGCCCCCGAACCAGGUGAACAGCGUCCGAAUCUUGCCUCUCACCAAAGGACAAAUCACUCUGCUCUGGGACGACAGCUGUGUGAACUCCAAGUGUCUGAAGACAUAUGAGGUUGAAUUCUCCCAACAUGGCCAUAUUUACAGAGGGAUCAACAGGAAGGAGUCAACUUUCAAUCUUUUUGUCUUUGCUCCAGGGCCCAUCUCCUGUACCAUCUCCUUCUUGAAGGCUUCUCUAAUCCUGCCUCAUUAA